AUGUCGAGGCUGGAACUGUUGUUCCAACGUCGAUGGAUAUUGUUGUCUGUCUGUCUUGCAUGCAUUCUACUGAGUCUGUUCGCCCUACUGCCAUACGGCGGAGCGGAAACCGGCCACGAAACAAACCUAAUCGUCGACUUCCAGUCCCGCCUCGGUCGACAUGCCCUGAGUCAUAGCGAUCCAGCUCUCGGCGCUGAAACCGUUGGACUACAAACUACCGCCGACGACAACAUCAAGCAGUCGUCGAGUGAGACCCGAAACAACAAGAACGCUGUGACUCGACGAACCGCGCCAACCGUAGCAACAAACACGACCCUGGGGUCGACUUCGGCAUCCAGAUCGCAGCCACUGGCAUGUGAUGACUACUUUGCUCGCAACAACGUGCUGCUCGUGCUGCAAUUCAACCAGGCGCUACCGCAGUACUACGACCACGAACAGUACUUUCGAGGUGCGUUCCGACACGUCGUCCUAUCCAUUCCGGAGCCCUCCAGCGACCCUCAAUCCAACCAUUUCGUGUGCCCCGAUGGCUAUGCGGGCAGAUACGCAUACUACUGUCUCUCAAGCAUCAUGCUGCGCUACCCAGAAUAUCGCGGUUACCUUUACGUUCAUUUCGACGUCUUCCUCAAGUUCUGGCAGCUCCACGACAUGCCAUUGAACACGAUUUGGACGAGCCAUUUCUACAAGUACCAGAACGACCCAGACUGGGUCCAUUGGGGUCGGCCAUGGGGCAUGAGAGCUCUCAACAAGAUGUACAAGCGAGCUUUGAGCGAUUGCGGUUCGCGUUCCCAUCGAUUCGAGGCGUGCCAGCUCAUCGACGAGUGGGCAACUCGAGGUGGAUCGACCAAGUUCCGCGUUGGCGAUUUUGCAGAUGUUGCGUACAUUCCCUCGGAGCACGUCCGCAACUUUGUAUGGUUCUCGUCGUAUGCCCACUUGACCAAGGUGUUUGCGGAGAUUGCCAUUCCGUUAUUUGCCAGCUUGACACAAGAGUCGUUCAAGCGGCUGCAUCCAGAGUUACCGAACGCUGCAGCUGCCACCCACACCGUGCUCGAAGGCGUGGACAACCUGACUCCCAAUACUGGAGAGUUGGCGACCUGGUUUUACGCGGUCUGCACUUCCGACAGCGUGCAUUUUUGCCAUCGCACGGAUUUCCGCGUGCCCUCGUUAGCUGCCUUCUAUGAUUUCGGCAUGAGCACCUGCAGCGCGUCCCGCUUCCCAUCGACCUUGGAUCUGGAUUUUGAUUACAUGUCGGACUUGAGAGCUCAGCAAUCCAUCGGCAAUCGCGCUCUUCGCGGGGCUGCUUACGUUCUGCUCCUGGUCUGCUCAUUAAUCCUGAGCGCGGCGCUUGUUUGGCUUGUGGCCCGCGCUAUCACAGUAGCUCGGAAUAAACGUGAGCACGACGACCGCGUAAAGCCGUGUGCCGCUUCAUUCGGAAAUUGCAGUGCCAUCUGA